AUGUCGCCGGUGAUGGUGGUGGCGGAGAGUGGACUGGAGGCGGUGGAGAAUGAACUGGAGGCGGCGGAGAAUGCACCGGAGGCGGUGGCGAGUGUACUGGUGGUGGUGGAGAAUGAACUGGUGGAGGUGGGGAGUGGACUGGUGGUGGAGGAGGAGAGUAAACAGGUGCAGGGGGUGGUGGGGAGAAAACUGGUGGCGGUGGCGGAGGAGAAUGGACUGGUGGUGGCGGAGAAUGGACUGGUGGCGGCGGUGAGUGGACUGGUGGUGGCGGAGAGUGGACUGGUGGUGGUGGUGAAUGGACUGGUGGUGGUGGUGGAGGAGGAGAGUGGACUGGUGGUGGUGGUGAAUGGACUGGUGGAGGCGGAGGAGAGUAUACCGGAGGCGGUGGCGAAUAAACCGGUGGUGGGGGAGAAUGGACUGGUGGAGGUGGUGAAAAUACAGGAGGCGGUGGGGAAUGAACCGGUGGUGGUGGCGGCGGUGGAGAAUGUACUGGUGGAGAUUGUGGUGAUGGUGUUUCUUCCGUCGAUGGUGGUUGAGGACGACGCUUUUUAACUGGAGAUGCGUCGUAAGGAUCAUCUGGUACCGGUGAAUCAGCUGGCGGCGACCCCAUUUUUGGUGUCUCCGUCUUUGGUGGUUGUUCAGGUUUAGGUGACUCCUCUUGUUUCGGCGUCUCCGGUUUAGGAGAUUCUUCUUGCUUUGGUGGUUGUUGCUUAGGCGUCUCAGGCUUUGGUUUGGAUGAUUCAUGCUUUGGUGGUUCUGGUUUAGGAGAUUCUUCUUUCGGUGGCUCUGGCUUAGGCUCCUUUGGUUUAGAAAGCUCUGGUGAUUUUGGUGUCUCAGGCUUUGGACUAGGCUGUUCUGGUUUGGGAGAUUCCUCUGGUUUUGGCUUAGAUGGCUCUUCUACUUUCGGUGGGUUAAUUUCUGGUUUAUGCUCUGGUGUCUUUGGUGGGUUGAUUUCUGGUUUAUGCUCUGGUGUCUUCGGUGGGUUAAUUUCUGGUUUAUGCUCUGGCGUCUUUGGUGGGUUGAUUUCUGGUUUAUGCUCUGGCGUCUUUGGUGGGUUGAUUUCUGGUUUAUGCUCUGGCGUCUUUGGUGGGUUAGGUGUUGGGUUCGGUGAUGGGUUUGAGCCACCGCCUCCUCCUGCACCACCACCGGCACACUUGUCCUUGCUGCAAUCCACAGGACGACUAACCACCGGCAAACAUUCUUUAGCCGACUUCUGUUUUGGUCUGUUCUGUAAACAAUUGCUUGUGUCAUCAAACUGCUUCUCUUGGCUUGUCCCGGGAACACAACUCGGAGCCUCUCCAUUGAAGAAGUUGUAAGAGAAUGUGAAGUUCGACAAGUUGGGUAACUUGCAGAUACUGUCCGAGACAAAUCCGGUAAGCUUAUUGUACGAGAAAUCCAUUUGUUCCACGUUGGAUAACCCCGACAAGCUCGACGGCAAACUUCCGACGAACCCAUUACUGCUCGCAUCAAAUACAGUCACAUUGUUCAACGAACCGAUCUCGUUCGGGAAACAACCGCUUAGGUUGUUCCCAAUAAACACAAUCUCAUUGAGGUUCUUCAUCUGACCGAUUGUUUUUGGUAUACAACCGCUGAAUUUAUUGUGUGCAAAGGUAACAACGGAAGCAGUCGAUUUACCGAUUGCCUCAGGGAUGAUCGACUCGAAUCUAUUGUUAUUCAAAAAGAUAGCAUCAAGAUCCUUAUCGAAGAUCUCUGGUGGCAAUUUUCCUUCAAAGUCGUUGUAUCUUAUGUCAAGAAACUUCAAAGAUGGCCAAGAGAGAGCAACGGUCGGAAACGGACCGACGAAACGGUUGUUGCUGACGUCGAACUCGUACAUCAACGUCAGUUUCGAUAAGCUUUUCGGGAUAACUCCACAAAAUCUGUUGGAGUUAACGUGGAACAAUGCGACAUCGGUCAAGAGACCUAGCUCGGGAGGCAAGUAUCCGGCUAUAUCCGCAUGGUUAAGAUCGAUUCCGGCCACAACCAUUACGCUCGGGUCAUCAAGCGCCGGUGCGCAGAACACGCCUUUGUAAGAACACACGUUCGAACCGACCCAAUUAGCCGCAGUCUUGAAGGGAUCAGAGUACAUUGCCUUUUUCCAAGCUUGAAGAGCAAUGUAAGCCCUUUUGAGACGGUUGUUAUCAAACUUGAGAUCUAAAUCGACUUCAUACUCCAUGUCGUCGGGAAGAUCACCGUUUUCUGACAACGCCAAGAGCUGGCGUCUGGUGAGAAAUGAAGCUUCCUCAUCGGUGAGAGCGGCUGUUGAAUGUAUGAGAAGGGGGAUUAUGAAGAAAAAGAGGAGGAGGGAGCAGCCAUAAGGCUUCUCCAUUGUUCUUGGGGUCAUGGUGAUGAAAAACCUUGGAAAUGGCUUAAUGGCUUCCUUAAUAGAUGAUUGUUGUGGAGACAAAACCUAUAAUGAAACAAAGGCAAACAGAAACCACCGGUUUUUUUUCUAUUUUUGGCAAUACGGAAA